AUGGAGCUCCGGUUAAUAAUCCCAAGUAGCCCGGCACCUGGUCGCUAUGCAUAUGACAUCGAAACUACUUAUCCAAGUAGUAGUGCUUUAUCUAGCCCUCGAUAUAGGAGCAAGGAAGUAGUUUCAUCAAUAUCAAAUCCGGAAUACCGAACGACAACAUAUGAUAGGUUGGAAAUAACAAUAAAGGAGCGAACUAAGCCCUCCCGGAGGCACAGAGAACAUCGAUCUCCUAGCGGGAACCUAAUAGCAUCUAGGUCUACACCAAAUUUGAGACGGGCAUUGGAAACUGUUCCACGGCCCCCGCCUCCUCCGCCCAUCCAAUCAGCUCGGUAUGAGCGGCAUGGGCAGCAACCAUUUCCAUAUGAAAAUUCCGAUGCAUCGAAGAUUAGCUCGGCAUUAAAUUCACCGUGGUCGAGUUCUUCUUCUUCAAGUGUUAGCGAUAUUUCUCCUUUAACGCCUAAUAAUGGCCAAAUCUAUUUUCUCCCGUCGUUUCAAGAACGGGAUGCUGGCCUUGCCAUUCAAUUUGAGCCGAUGGAAGUUCAGUCACCGGCGGAAUCUUUUGGGCCUCAUACGGGGCUUUCGAAUCAUACAAUGGUUUACGAAUUAGAGGAUACUUCGAGGCGCCGGACUGAAUCUCCAAUUGACCAACGUUCACCACUUUCUCUACUUGAGAAACCAUUGCCUCUUUUGCCAUGUCCAAAGUCUGUAGAAAAGAAAAUAAACAGAUCAGAGCCAAAUAACCCACGGCACAGAUUGAAGGAAACUAAUCUUUCGAAUCACAAGCCCGAGCUUCGAAGCUCGAGUAUGCGUUCUGAGCGGAAACCUUCUAUGGCACGGCAAGGCCCUUCACCGCCGUAUUUAUCUAAGAGCUCCGCCCAGACUACGGUAUCACGGGCAAAAGACUCUCGGCCUAACACCAGUAAUUCUAAAGCUGUAUCAUUCAGGCAGCUGCAGCCUGACAACCAGGUUCCCAAUCAACAGCACCAAAUGGAACAGAACCAAGGCCAAAGGAGAAAAAAACAGCAAAAACCAGCUUUCUCAAUCCACCUUGGCAGACUUCAUCUGGUAUUCGGAUCGACGAAAGAGGAACUUGCCGACUCAAGAAGAAAGGCUGGCAUGUACAGUGACUUUGAAACUUUCGACAAGUCAUAUUGCCAGGAUUCUCGGGGUAGAAUCCAACAUGUUUAG